AUUUCGAUGGAGAUGACUUAGUGGCACAAGCGGCUAUUUUCUUCUCUGGAGGUUUCGAGACUAGUUCAUCGACAAUAUCUUUCACAUUAUAUGAACUUGCAGUACAACCGAAAAUUCAAGAUAGACUUAGGAAAGAAAUUCUCGAUGCAUUCAAGGAGAACAAUGGAAAAAUCACAUACGAUAUGGUUUUGUCACCGUAUCUUCAUAUGGUGAUUUCCGAAACUUUGAGGAAAUAUCCAAUAUUACCCAUGCUUGAUCGCGAAACGGUACAGAAUUACAAAGUGCCAAAUACCGACCUGGUUAUUGAAAAGGAUACGCCGGUUUUUAUCUCGUUGAUUGACCUGCACUAUAAUCCGGAAUAUUUCCCUGAUCCCGACAAAUUCGAUCCGGAACGAUUUAGCGAAGAGAAUUUUCCCAAAAUACCGCCGUGCGUAUACAUGCCAUUUGGAGAAGAUCCUCGCAAAUGUAUAG